UUUCUAUGGCGUAUUAGUACUGUUGUUAUACCCCUAAAACAAGCUUCAGAUGCUAGUCGUACUAUUUAAUUAUUGUUGAAUUUCAUUUGCAAUAGUAGCCAUGAGGGUGUUUGAAGGCCAUUCUCGAUACAAUUUAACACUUUUACGUCUAUAUUCAGCUAUAGAAUCGCAGAAUAACGAAGAUUUAACGAAUGAGAGUGGUAGCAUAGCUCCACCGCAGCAAGAUGCUGUUAGCAACCCAGAUCCAUCUCUAUUUGCUGGUUCAUUCGAUACAAUCGCAAACGUCUUAAGUGAUCGUGUAAUCCGAUCAUUGAAAUCUUCUGGAUUUGAGCACAUGACUCACAUCCAAUACAGAGCCAUACCUAAAAUUAUAAACGGUGCUGAUGUCCUUAUCCGUAGCGCCACAGGAUCUGGUAAGACUCUUACCUUCCUGGUGCCUGCAUUGCAGCGGCUUGUCUGUCCUAAGAAUGGAGUUAAGAUAACUCGAGAAGAUGGCACUCGUGUCAUGAUAAUAUGUCCCACUAGGGAGCUAUCAAUACAGACCCAGGCUACCAUGGCUACUUUAUCACGGCCCUUUCCCUGGAUAGUAGUCGCUGCCAUCAAAGGUGGAGAUAGCCGGAAAUCUGAGAAGGCGCAAAUCCGUAAGGGUAUAACAGUACUCGUAGGAACUCCAGGACGUGUGCUAGAUCAUUGUGAUAGCACUGCGUCAUUCAAUGUCUCGAAUAUAGAGUUAUUCGUGUUGGAUGAGGCCGAUCGUUUGUUGGAUAUGGGCUUUGAAACCAAGAUACGCGCCAUAUACAAAUUCUUAUGCACUCACAGCGAGGAAAGUGGCACCUUCGACGUUCAAACAGUAAUGACGUCAGCAACUUUGACGGAUGCAGUGCAACAGUUGGCUGACUUCUGUUUGCGCAACCGGAGAGAGACUAUCGGUAUCGAGGACGAUAUCUUGGCGUUACCCGCUACACUAACACAUGAGUACGUACUGAUUGAGCCCAAGGACAAGUUCGUAGCGCUGGUGUCCCUGUUAUUGAAGUAUUUAUCCAAUGAUGAAAAGGUGCUUAUUUUUGUGGCCAACUGCCAAUCGGUGGUGUUCUAUCACAGGUUACUCAUGACAUUGACGUGGCCUACUAUCGGUGGUCAAAACAAAUCGAACAUGCCUACUGAUUCCAAGAAGUACCAGAAGCUCCUGGGUCAUAAUGAUGCUAUAGAUGAUUACAUGUUAACUAAAGGGAAUGAAUCAAUGUCAUUCAGGUCAGUAUCUGACGAACGUAGGCGCGGGCCCUUGAUAUUUGACAAGGUACCUAUAUUAAUGUUACACGGCAGCAUGAGCGGAACCGACAGAACCGGUUACGUCAACGACUUCAUGAGCAGCGAUCGAGCUGUCAUGAUAUCAACUGAUGUGGCCUCACGGGGCCUGAAUCUAUCAAAGGUUAAACGGGUUAUUCAGUAUGACCCGCCACAACAACUAGAGGAGUACAUACACAGAUCAGGUAGAACUGCGCGACUUGGGGGCACUGGCCACGCAAUCCUACUGCUUAUGCGCCACGAGGCACAAUUUAUCAAUGCCCUGAGAAAACGUGGUGUAUGCGUCAAGGAAAUAAUGGAAGGUGUAGUUUGGUCGUAUAUAGAGCAGACCUAUGUCCCCAAGCACUUACGCACUUUUAAAGGGUACAACAUUAACUUCUUGCGGAAUUGCUUCUGCGACAUCGUGGCAGGGGAUCAUGAUUUACUUAUAUCGGGACAGGGUGCGUUCAGGUCGUCGGUACAAUCGUACAAGACAUACUCGCGCGAUUUGAGGCGAAUAUUCGACUUCAAGAAACUGCAUCUGGGCCACUAUGCUACGUCAUUCUGUCUUAAGCAGAAACCUAGUGAGAUAUUGUUUGACCCGCGGCAUGCUGCUAAUGAAAGUGCUACGUCCCAACCAAACAAAAGACGAUUGGGUACAACAUCCAGUAAAUCUGACAAACGACCGCGAUCAAAGGAUCAUGACAGGGGCCGUUUGCAAAAGAAAUCUGUUGAGAAAAGACCAAAGCCGCAAACUGACCGAAGACCAAAGGCUGCCUCACUUAGCAGUGCCGCCACAGAAACUGUCAACAAGGCACUGGAAAUAUUAAAAUCGCGCAACCAAGUGCUGACGAAGCGCUGAUGCUCCUGCGCACUGUUCCUGGUGGUAGAC